CUCCAGAAGCAUCCACCUCUCGAGGAAGCGGAGGCAAAGGGGUCUGGCUCGCGCUCCUUUUAGAAAUUAGAACUCUAUUCCAGUAUUUCACCUCUUGCUUUGAUUUCCUUCCCAAAUCCGAGAGUUCUUAAGCCCCCUCUCUCUUUCUACUAAACGAGUACUCUCUUCCAUCCGACAAGAAGAAAAAACGAUGUCGGUCACUCUGCACACGAAUCUGGGCGAUAUCAAGUGCGAGAUCGCUUGCGACGAGGUCCCCAAAACAGCUGAGAACUUUUUGGCGCUUUGUGCUAGUAGCUAUUAUGAUGGAACUAUAUUUCAUCGAAAUAUCAAGGGUUUCAUGAUCCAAGGUGGAGAUCCUACAGGCACUGGCAAGGGAGGGACCAGCAUAUGGGGGAAGAAAUUCAACGACGAAAUCCGGGAGUCACUUAAGCACAAUGCAAGGGGAACACUUUCAAUGGCAAAUAGUGGACCCAACACAAAUGGAAGCCAAUUCUUUAUCACUUAUGCGAAGCAACCACAUCUAAAUGGACUCUACACAGUUUUUGGACGAGUAAUCCAUGGGUUUGAAGUUCUAGACCUUAUGGAAAAGACACAGACAGGACCUGGGGAUAGACCGCUGGCUGAGAUCAGGAUUAAUCGCGUGACUAUCCAUGCAAAUCCUCUUGCUGGAUAAACUUUCCUGGGGAUUAUUCUUUAAUGCUUACAAUCAAUAUCUGGAGAUACAUCUAGCAGCUGAUCUUUAUUGGUGGGCCACUCAAUUUUUGCAGGUUCUGCAUGCUUUACAGUUGUGUUGAUGGUGUUUCACUUUCUACAGGAUCUGUGAACUCUGGAAAGUGAAAAGCACAACGACCCAUUGUGAAGAUGAUACAGACAUCCCUGUCUCAGAAAACAUUUAGUAGUCUAACUGUUAACAUAUCUUGCUACAUCUGCGCACUUGGCACAAGUGCAUAAUCUGCUACUAUACCUGGUUGUGGGGUACAGAUAGACUGUUAUGGUUUCAACUUAUCAGCCAAGCCACUGUGUGGCGUUCUUUCUCUGUGUUUGUAUUUUGUGUAAAAUCAUUUAGGGCAAUCUUUGUUGUAAAACGUGAUCUAAAUAAUUUUUCCCUGCAGAAUGAAGCCUGAAGAGAGUUUUUAUAGUGUUCAGUUCAAGGUGUGUCCUCUUGUUGAUUUGUGUAGAGUUGCAGGAGAAUAAAACCCUCAACAGCAGAGGAUUUGUGCGCUUGUUUACUGAUCUGUGUUGUCCAUGCUGAAGAGUAUUUUGUGUUCGUUUCCCUGUAAUCUGUGAGUGAAUCCUCAAUUAUCCAUUUAUAAUCAUUUAUUAUCU